AUGCGAAGCAGCUUAAUCAUCAAUAGAUCCCUCCUUCUAGCCGACACCGAAGGACCCAGCAUCCCCCAAGGCCACGACCUACCCGGCGACUAUCAAGAACUGGUGCGAGACAUCCAGUUGCAUUUGUCGGAGCAUAGUGAGUGUCCAUCGCAGUCCGACGUACCGGAGUACUGGGAGGAGGAGCGUACAAACUACCGGAUUGGGUUUGUGGAGCUGUUUCGUCAGCGCAUGCACUACGACCGACUUGGCAUUCCGUUGACAUCACUCGAGCUACUCUACAUGGGAGACGCCGAGCGUGAGUGGCUGCGGCAGCACCGCAGGCGGGAGCACCACCACCAGCACCAGCAUCAGCAUCAGCACCAUCGGCAGGAGCAGGACCAGGACCAGGAGCAGGGUCAGCAUCGCUAUCGCGAGCGCCGCUGCCGCGACAGCGGCACCCAAACGGAGAGCAAGAUGCUGCGCCGCCGGGGCCAACGCUUGCAUGGCGGCAACGGCUGCAUGUGCGGCUACAUCGACGUCGAGCCCGGAAGAUCCAUGCUCAACGCGGAGAUGUACGAGCGGCGCGACACCAAGAUGGCCUGUCAGCCCAUGGCUGGCAGCAUGGACGAGCAUAUGCUGACGGUGUCGAGCCAGUACUUUGAGGCGGUGUCGUGCCAGCCCACUAGCCCGGACGAGCGGAUGCGAAAUAUCUAUCUGACGCGAGCGGAGCCGCCCGGCUACGUCUGUUGUGGCUGUCAGGGGAUGCGGCUGCACAAGCAGCAUCGUAAGCCCCAGCCGGCCGGAGCGGGGACACCGGGUCGACCCACCUCGGUGCGAAUACUGCUGCCCCCAUCGCCGGUGCCGCCGUUCCGCUCCACGCACUUGGAGCACCGCAAGAGCCGGGAGCUGCGCCGCUGGCGCAAGAUGCGAAACGAGGAGGCCAAGCAUCAGUCCUCGCGAAGGGCCACCUAUCAGUUUCCCGUGCAGUACAAGAACAAGCCCAAGGAGCAGGUCAGGCAGCGUCCACAGUGCGUGGAGCUCAAGGAGAAGCCCGAGCUGAGCUAUCUGCUGCGUCGCUCGCCCAAGAACAUCCAUUUGCCCACGAUGUCAUCGAUGCAAAGCGUCAGGGACGAGUCCUUCGAUGAUCUCAUGAGCUCGAAUGAGUCGAGCAAGGUGGAAGUGCUGCUCGCACCGGACACGCCCCGGCUGCUGUUCAACGAGAAGGUGAUGUCCGGCAUAAUGCAGUCGAAGAGCCUUACGUUCACGGAGAGCUCGUCUCUGGUGGGCUCCAUACAGGGCACUGCGAGGUCACCUCGACAGGCCCAUGGGGCGGGCGACUCGCGGCACGGCUCCACGGACACCCUCAACGAUGUGUGGUGUGAUCCGGCCAUAUUUAUGGGCGUGCGUACGCCGCCUCAGAGCGGCCGCGAGCGCAGGCGGCAGCUGACCGUCGAUGCCCUCGUCGUUGGCUAUCUGGGCGCCCCGGUUCUCAGCGAGCCGGCGGCCCGUGCGGCUAUCGAGAGGUGCGCCUAUCUGUCCCGUGAGUUCGACAGCCUCAGCCGUGAGCAGCGCACCAAGGAUAUCGCGGUGCGGCUGCAGCAGCUGCGCAGCAUCCAGGAGAAGUCCAGCUGGGACUACGUCUGCUACAUUCACGCGCACGAACUGCGAGAUGGCCAUCGGCACAACUAUAACCAAACGAUUCCACGCCUCUUCGACUGCCCCAUGAACGAGCCGAACUGUGUGCGGGUGAUCAACGAAUCGAUACUGGCCCACUUUCUGCACGUGCACUUCAGUGAGCCCGGCCUGGCCCUCAACGAGCUGUUCGAGCGCGACCAGGUGCUGAUCAUGUUCAAGCCGCGCUCCUUCAAGCGCGCCCACAACGUCUGCCUCUCGAUGAUCGUCUAUGCCGGCGACAAGCACAAGCCGGACUCUCUGCCCAUCUCGCACUACAUGCCCGACUACAAUGUCGGCCUGCCCGGCAAAUACAGCCGGUUCACGGGCCACAUGCCCAUCUUUGUGAUGGCCUGCCGCACCCGCCGGCGCUUCAGGGGACGCUGCGUGGACAAAGACUUCAUGGGCUGCGACUCGUCCAGCUCGAGUCACUCGCUGGAGCGGCAGAGACUGGGCGAGAGCGUGGUGGCAAUCUGGCUGGUCAGCGUCGAGCUGGUGCGGCCCAUCCAUGUGCAAAUGACCGUCUUCAAUCGUCGCGUCGACAUCAGCCGCAGCUCGAUCAUGCAGGUGCGCGGCCUGAACAAGUGCCACGACUGCACCAAGUUCAUGUCCAGAAGCAAGAACUAUUUGCGCCUCACCUCACAGGACCUGCGCGUGCUGACCAACAACUAUACGGAGCCCGUCUACAUGGAGAUAUCCGUGCACGACUAUGCGCAUCCCGCUGCUGUCGAAAGACUUAUGAAACUGCGCCAAUCUUAUGUGCCAUAGCCCGAGACUUGAUGCUUUCCUUCUGAUCCAUGUCCGAAGCUUUUUCUUUUCUUUUACCAAAUUUUAUUUGAAUGUUUAGCUACUGCAGUGCUUUUACCCAUGUUUGGCAAUCACCGAGGGUCUAUUUAUAUCAUGAUCGACCUAACGUAAAAUUACGAUUAAGUGCAUUUUUUUAAGGGACGAGACACCA